GUGUACCCUUACCUGAGCAGGGUGGUUAUGAGCUCUCAGGCCCCCCAAAUUGCUGAUGGAGCAGCCCCUGUUUCCCUGGCUCAGGGUCCCUUGGCCUGGACUCCGAAUGUCGCCUCCUGGGACCUCCAUUCCAGACACCCCAGCAACCGUUCUCUGGAGAAGGGGGCUUUCUCUGUGGUCCGACGCUGUGUCAAGCUCUGCACCGGCCAUGAGUAUGCAGCCAAGAUCAUCAACACCAAGAAGCUGUCAGCCAGAGAUCACCAGAAGUUGGAGAGAGAGGCUCGGAUCUGCCGCCUUCUGAAGCAUUCCAAUAUCGUGCGUCUCCACGACAGCAUCUCCGAGGAGGGCUUCCACUACCUGGUCUUCGAUCUGGUCACUGGUGGGGAGCUCUUUGAAGACAUUGUGGCGAGAGAAUACUACAGCGAGGCUGAUGCCAGUCACUGCAUCCAGCAGAUCCUGGAGGCCGUUCUCCAUUGUCACCAAAUGGGGGUUGUCCACAGAGACCUCAAGCCGGAGAACCUGCUCCUGGCCAGCAAGUGCAAAGGGGCUGCAGUGAAGCUGGCAGACUUCGGCCUGGCUAUCGAGGUGCAGGGGGACCAGCAGGCGUGGUUUGGGUUCGCUGGCACACCAGGCUACCUGUCCCCUGAGGUCCUUCGCAAAGAGGCGUAUGGCAAGCCCGUGGACAUCUGGGCAUGUGGGGUGAUCCUGUACAUCCUGCUUGUGGGCUACCCACCCUUCUGGGACGAGGACCAGCACAAGCUGUACCAGCAGAUCAAGGCCGGCGCCUACGACUUCCCGUCCCCCGAAUGGGACACUGUCACUCCUGAAGCCAAAAACCUAAUCAACCAGAUGCUGACCAUCAACCCUGCCAAGCGCAUCACAGCCCAUGAGGCCCUGAAGCAUCCGUGGGUCUGCCAACGUUCCACGGUAGCCUCCAUGAUGCACAGACAGGAGACUGUGGAGUGUCUGAAAAAGUUCAAUGCCAGGAGAAAGCUCAAGGGAGCCAUCCUCACCACUAUGCUGGCCACACGGAAUUUCUCAGUGGGCAGACAGACCACCGCUCCGGCCACAAUGUCCACCGCGGCCUCCGGCACCACCAUGGGGCUGGUGGAACAAGCCAAGAGUUUACUCAACAAGAAAGCAGAUGGAGUCAAGCCCCAGACGAAUAGCACCAAAAACAGUGCAGCCGCCACCAGCCCCAAAGGGACGCUUCCUCCUGCCGCCCUGGAGCCUCAAACCACCGUCAUCCAUAACCCAGUGGACGGGAUUAAGGAGUCUUCUGACAGUGCCAACACCACCAUAGAGGAUGAAGACGCUAAAGCCCCCAGGGUCCCUGACAUCCUGAGCUCAGUGAGGAGGGGCUCGGGAGCCCCAGAAGCCGAGGGGCCCCUGCCCUGCCCAUCUUCAGCUCCCUUUAGCCCCCUGCCAGCCCCAUCCCCCAGGAUCUCUGACAUCCUGAACUCUGUGAGAAGGGGCUCAGGAACCCCAGAAGCCGAGGGCCCCCUCUCAGCGGGGCCCCUGCCCUGCCUGUCUCCGGCUCUCCUAGGCCCCCUACCCUCCCCAUCCCCGAGGAUCUCUGACAUCCUGAACUCUGUGAGGAGGGGCUCAGGGACCCCAGAAGCCGAGGGCCCCUCACCAGUGGGGCCCCUGCCCUGCCCAUCUCCGACUAUCCCUGGCCCCCUGCCCACCCCGUCCCGGAAGCAGGAGAUCAUUAAGACCACGGAGCAGCUCAUCGAGGCUGUCAACAACGGUGACUUUGAGGCCUACGCGAAAAUCUGUGACCCAGGGCUGACCUCAUUUGAGCCUGAAGCACUGGGCAACCUGGUUGAAGGGAUGGACUUCCACAGAUUCUACUUCGAGAACCUGCUGGCCAAGAACAGCAAGCCGAUCCACACGACCAUCCUGAACCCGCACGUGCACGUCAUCGGAGAGGACGCCGCCUGCAUUGCUUACAUCCGGCUCACGCAGUACAUUGACGGGCAGGGCCGGCCCCGCACCAGCCAGUCUGAGGAGACCCGUGUGUGGCACCGCCGCGACGGCAAGUGGCAGAACGUGCACUUCCACUGCUCGGGCGCGCCUGUGGCCCCGCUGCAGUGAAGAGCUGCGCCCUGGUUUCGCCGGACAGAGUUGGUGUUUGGAGCCCGACUGCCCUCGGGCACACGGCCUGCCUGUCGCAUGUUUGUGUCUGCCUCGUUCCCUCCCCUGGUGCCUGUGUCUGCAGAAAAACAAGACCAGAUGUGAUUUGUU